GGAGACCCUGAGGCAAUGUGGGGUACGAGUAUCCCUCGUGGUCAGGGCUCCACGUGGUCGGUACUAACUAAGGGGGAUGUGCCUGGAGCGCGAGCUGAGAAAUUAAGUUGUGAAAUCUGUAAUGCAGAAGAAGCAAAAUAUCGAUGCCCUCGUUGUAUGAAAUACUCGUGCAGUUUGGCUUGCGUGAAAGGACAUAAAACUGCAUACAGUUGUAAUGGAGUCAGAGAAAAGACAGCAUUUGUUUCCAUAAAUGAGUUUAAUGACUUAAAUCUUCUAAGUGAUUACCGGUUUCUGGAAGAUGUGGGAAGAAUGGCUGAUGGUGCUGCUCGAGAUGGUACUUCACAUAAACCAAAAAGCAAUAAAUUUAUAAACUUUUUGAAAAACCGAGCUCGGAGGUACAACAUCUGCUUGCAAACUUUACCAAUUGGAUUCACAAAGAGGCGAGAGAAUUCUACAUUCUUUAGCAAUAAGGAACAAAAGUUCUACUGGCACUUGAAGCUAAUAUUUUCUCACAGUCAUGCUAAAUUCACAGAAAAAAGGGUACCAGAUGACAAACUGUUGUGCAACAUCCUUAAGUCCUACGUUGAUCCUCAAGAAUCUGAUCCUGUUGUUCAUCAAAGAUUAAAAAUCUACACAAUGUCUCCUCAGUCAGAAAUACAAAUUCUAAUGAAAGUAGAAAACAGACCGCAAAAUUCCAUCAGAUGCAGAAGCUGGAGAUGCUGAAGAAGAGCCAGCACUGCAGAAGAAGACUUCUAAGAAUUUCUGCCAUUCAUUGUAGAACUUGCAUGGAUUAUAGGCUCAGUCGCUGCAAUGAAAUGUGGACAGCCCUCAAUAUGAAUUUUUCUUUUAAUACCUUUUUAAGUAUCCACAUUGUGUUGAGCUUUAUUCAGGCAUAACACCUUAGUUUAUAAUUGUGGUUUAGAAAACGUGUGGUCUGUGAGGUUUAAGUCUUAAGAGGCUUUCUACUCCUUUUCCCUCAACACUGUUCAGUGCAAAAGUAAACUUUUGGUAAAAUGAAACUCUUUAGAUACAUCAUUCUUUUGUGAUCUUAACAAAGCUUUGCAUACCUAAAAGUGGAAAUAGGUUUAAGAAUCCUUACUAUAGAGAGGCUGCUCUUAUUUCUCAUGUUGUGUCAAUUUCCUUUGGGUAUUUACUUUCUGGGGGUAGCUUUCUCUCAUUUCCUGAGCAAAGUAACUCCUUUUUACAUGAAACACAUUUUGGAAUAAGCAGGAGCAGUAUAUUAGCAAGGGUCACUUGUGUCAUUGUGACAAAAACUUGGUCAGCUUUUAGUGAGGUAGCAAGUAGAACAGUACUGGCUCCUCUCCAGUUCUAGUUGCAUAUUUAGAAGGUAUGUAUAUGUGACUAAUGGGGGUAUGUAUUUGAACUCUCACUCCAUGAAAAGCAAAAGGGCGCAGAUAGGCAACAUCCACAUUUGCAUCUGAUUUGCACCUGAGGUUUCUGAUCCAGUAGAUGAUCUGUGAAUGGCAACCUCCUUCUGUGCAUGGGGAAGGGCCGCAGCUUAGCAGUAUGCAAAGCAUCUGCUUGGCAUGCAGGACGUCCCAGCUUCAAUCCCCAGCAUCUCCAGGUAGGGCUGGGAGAGAUCUCUAUCUGAAACCUGGAGAGCUGCUGCCAGUCAGUAUAGACAGUACUGAACAAGAUGGACCAAGGGUGUGACUCAGGCCAGCUGUCUCUGCUUUUAUACCCUGGAUUGUUGGUUUGCUUGUUUCUUUUUCUACUGGAUACAGCUUAUCUCUUUUCUGUACCCAUUUAAUAUACAAGGGCUAGGUAAAUCCACCAACAAUGGUGGGAACCAGCCUCUGCCUUCUUGCCAUGGGAGUUACUCCUCCUCAUAAGAAUGGAAAUACAGCACAUGCUCUGCACGUAAAUAGUCUUGGUUUCUUUAGGUGGGGCAUUUCUAGUUAAGGCUGGAAACUGAUCUGAAGUGCUUGAGAGCCACUGCUGGUCAGUGUAGAGACAGUUCUGAGCUACAGGGACCAAUGCUCUGAAUAGGUAGAAGGCCAUUUCCUAGGACCGAAUGAGCCUCUAGCAGAAGUUAACAAGAAAAUUGUGUAAUAUCUUGAAUAUUUAACAUGCAAAACUGAAUGUUUAUAGUCUCUUAACUACUUGUUCUUUUGGAAACCUUAUUGAGAAAACUGUGGAAAAUUAAUAGCAAUACUGAAUAACUUACUUGUUUUGAAGAAGUAUAUUAUUUUAUCACUAGAAAUGAAACAAUAGAUCAAAAAUGUUUGCUAAUUUAUUACUAGUAGUAUUGAAACAAUGGAUUAGGGGGCAGUUAUCUACUAAAAGUUAUUAAAUGCAAUAGGGCCGAUGGCAUUUUGAGCUGAAAAGGGAAUGAAGGUAUAGCUGGGAACAGGAUUGUUUGGAUUAUUUCUUUCACUGAUGGGAAUCUUACACUUUGCUGUCAAAAAGAACCCCCAAAACUAUUUCCAUUUCACCUUGCCAAAAGGGAAUCCCUCUGUUUAUCUCUUGCUGACAGUAAUGAACUAGAACUGUUCCUCUGACCUUGUUAGGAGAGAUUUGACCUUCCUUCCUUCCUUGGCAGAAAAGAGGGAACAUGUUUGUUUUUCAAGGGUUAGUGACUUUUUGGCAAAUAGACAGAAAAUAUGACCUUUGUAAGAAUGUAAAGACCUCUAAUGGGAAUGUCAAAAAGACAGAGUUUAAAAUAUUUGUUUUAUAACUCAGUAUAUGUUAAUUGGAAAAAUAACAUCAACUUUCUCUUGUUCAUGCAAGAAAACAUGCCAGAUAAAAUGAAUACAUCAUUUUUAGUAGAGUUUCAUUCUCUCCACAGUAGAUUAAAGAGCCUGUGUUUUUAUUCCAAAUGCCUAGAACCACAAAUGACUGCAUGGUUAUGCAAUGCCUCCUGCAUCAGCUAUUUAUUCCCACCAUGUUUUGUCAUAAGUAUAGUUUGGCAAGAAGAGCAGACUACUUAGAUUCUCUUGUGCCGAGGGAUGCUUGUUUUUUUAAAAAAGCAUUUAUAUCUACGUACUGGAUCUUAGUUUGGGGGGGCUAGAUAGGACACAGUGAAGGGUGAAGUGGAGCUUAUGUGGCAUUUGCAGAUAUGAAAUUCCUGGCCUGGAUCUAAGGCUCAUGGAAGGCUCAUUGUUGGUCUGAAUUGGCCAGCUACAAAUACCAACAAGGGUUAUGACGUCAGCCAGUGUUCAGGUAGAAUUCCAUAUAAUUGUACCAUCAGCAUCCUGUGCUGCCCCUGAAGCUAUUCAGUAAGCUUCACAUACUCCUAAAAAACAGACAAUCUUGAUUCUAUAGUAUCAUUGACCACAGUAGACUACUCAGUCUACCAGAGUGAUUGAGAAAUUGAUAUAGCUUUCACAUUUGAGGUGUGCU